AUGAAGGUUCUAGUCUUUGCCUUCCUUCUGUUGCUGCCAGCGAUGCUCACAGUCUCCAGCAGACCAAAUCCAGGGGUCGCCAAAAGCCAUGGGGACCAACGCCAGGUUUCUGGGAGGUGGCUCCAGGAAGGCGGCCAAGAAUGUGAAUGCAGAGAUUGGUUCCUGAGAGCCCCGAAGAGAAAAUCCACACCAGUGCUGGAGUCACCAAAGAAGCAGUGUCCCUGUGAUCAUGUCAAGGACAGACACCAAAAGCACCACCGGAAGCCAAAGAGGCCCUCCAGAACCUGCCAGCAAUUUCUCAAACGAUGUCAACUAGCAAGUUUCACUCUGCCCUUAUAG